GAGGUGUUAAACAAGAUGCCAUGGUUCCAAUUUUAGAAUAUUUAACAAGGAUUUUUCUAUUUAUGUCAUUAAUGUGCUCUUCUCAUUCCAUUUUUUGGUCAAAUAUUACCCCAAGAUAUUUAACUUGUUGGCUUCUCUUCAAAGGAAUACCCAUAUUGUUGAUGGUUUUGCUUUCAAAAGAUAGUUUCAGUUUUAGUACAAUUGUGUUUUCGAUACAUGGUAAAACAAAAGAUGAAGAGUGCAUUCGCCCUAACUUUUCAGUUCUUUGUACCUUAAGGGAAGAAAUUUUGGAAGUAAAUUUUUCAAAAUUUAAUUUGGUGCAUCACAAAAAAUAAUAAAUUUGGCAAAAAUUUAAUUUGACAAAUUUUGGCCAAAACUAAAUUUCUUUUCCGCUAAAAUUUGCCUUCUGUAAAGUACCUUUCUUUUUUUGUCUGCAUUUUUUUGCUGUUGUUAUGUUAUAAUAGUGUGGCAAUUCCACAGACUUUGUCAAUUGCUUUCUUAUUUCUUUUUUGUAUUUCUGACACUGCUCUAUCAGUAAUAAAAGCUAUAUUACUGGAAUUUAAGUUGCUAAUUUUCCUGAAAUUCCUGACAUAUAUUUUUUAACUAGCAUUUUGUGUAAUGCAAAAUUUAAGAAAAAGUUUGAAACCUAGUUGUAGUUAUUUAAAAUCUUUUUUUUUAGUAAAAAUAAAAAAAUAUUCACUUCUAAAAUGACUCCAAAGACAACGCCUGCUUCAAUCUGAACAUGAGAUUUUACUCCUUAAACAAGCAAGCAAACUCACCAUGUGUGAUUUUAAAAUUCAAAGACCUAACUGUUAUGUUGGACUGUCAUUUGGAUUUAUCAUCUGUUUUAAAUUUCUUACCAACUGCUUCCAUUAACAGCAAGAAAUGGGAAUCCUUAAGGCAAUGGACAUCAUUUGACGUAAAACAGCAACUUGGUACAGAGACGAAUUUGUAUGAGAGCGCAGGGAGAAUAUUUGUUAACAGUUCACCAGAAGCAGCAGUACCUGAAUCUGGACUGAUUGACUUCUCUUCAGUUGAUGUUAUAUUACUAACAAACUACUUCAGUGUUCUUGCAUUACCAUAUAUCACAGAGUACUCUGGUUUUAAUGGUAAAGUUCUUGCAACAGAACCUACCCUUCAAAUUGGAAGAUUAUUUAUGCAAGAAUUAGUCACAUACAAUGAAACUUCGCAGAAAAAAGAAAAAUUUUCUUUGUGGAAAAACAGAGACAUACAAAAGUAUUUACCUUAUCCUCUGUGUGAUUUUAACGAUGCAAUUUCUUGGGAGACAAUUUACAGCUCUCAGGAUGUUGCAAACAGUAUCUCAAAAAUUCAAACUGUUGGUUUCUCUGAAAAAAUUGACAUACUUGGUUUAAUGCAAGUGAUUCCAGUCAGUUCAGGAUUUGCUAUUGGAAGCACCAACUGGAUUUUACAAUCAAGUUAUCACAAGAUUAGUUAUAUCUCCAGUUCUUCUGUCUUUGCAACUCAUGCGAUGCCGUUGGAACAAAGCAGUUUAAAGGAUGCUGACAUUUGCAUUUUAAAUUCACUCACUGAAUCAUGUGCUGCAAACCCAGAUGCAAUGGUUCGAGAAUUUUGUAGUCACUUAGGUGUCACUUUAAAGAAUGGUGGAAAUGUAUUGGUUCCUUGUUUUCCUUCUGGUGUUAUAUAUGAUCUUUUUGAGUAUUUGUGUUCAUAUAUGGAUGGCUCUGGUCUGUCCUUUAUACCAAUAUACUUUAUAUCGCCAGUGGCUCACAGUUCCUUGGCGUAUGCUAAUAUUUAUGCAGAAUGGUUAAAUCAAAAUAAGCAGGCCAAAAUGUAUCUGCCAGAACCUCCAUUUUUGCAUCACGAGUUGGUUAAAUCAGGAAGAGUAAAGCACUUCCCAAACUUACAUGAUGGAUUUAGUAAUAACUUUAAAUCUCCCUGCGUUGUGUUCACUGGACAUCCAUCAUUACGCUUUGGUGAUGUUGUACAUUUCAUAGAGUUGUGGGGGAAUGGCGCAGGCAACACAAUCAUCUUUAUUGAUUCUGAAUUCCCUUACCUUGACGCUCUUACACCUUAUCAACCACUCUCAAUGAAGGCAGCGUACUGUCCAAUUGAUCCCCGUUUAAAUUUCCAACAAGCAAAUAAAUUGAUAAAAGAGAUAAAGCCGAAACAGUUAAUUAUUCCAGACCAAUAUACAUCACCUCCAGCUACGAUGCCACAGAGAACAGAUCUUGUCAUUUCGGCCGAUUGUCCUAUUCAAUCAUAUCGUCAUCUUGAUGUUAUUGAUUUACCGUUACAUAAAAAUUUCGCAAAAGUGACACUUUCGAAUGAGAUUGCUCAAUCUCUUUGUCCUAAACAAAUAGAACCCGGCGUUUCUAUUGCUAUGGUAAAGGGUAAACUUGUAACUAGAGACAAUAAGCAUGUGUUAAAACCGCUCGAGGGCCAAUCUGACAGAUCACCACUUCAGCCCCGUUUAUUUGGAGAUGUGGAUGUAACACAGUUUAUGAUCGCAUUAAAAGAGCAAGGUGUUAAAAAUGCUGAAGUAGAAACCAUUGAAGAUGGACACAUUGUGCAUUUUCCUGAUAUAAAUGCGAUGAUUCGGUUGGAAGCAGGUAACACUCAUAUCAUCAAUCAUACUAGUAAUGAACUUCGUGUUAAGAUUAAAGCAGCGUUGUUAUCAUGUUUGUUACAAGUGUGAUGACCAUAAAUAGACAACAUAAAUAUGACGGAUUUUAAAGCAAAUGCACGCUCUAAAACCUUUACAAGAAUACAUCAAGACAUUUACCAACGAGAGUAGAACACCAAGAGUUUAAAUUAUAUUUUCCAGAUUCUAUUAGAAAAUUCAUUUUUUUUAGAGGUUGUAUUAUUUCUUUUGUAAUAAUAACAUUUUUGUGCUUUUGGUGACAAUAGAGGUCAUGCAGAAAUAUAACAAACACACGAUCA